AUGCCUAACUAUAAUAGUCAAGUUUCCCGACGCAAGGCGCAGGAAUCAACUUUAGAUGUCCAACCAGUUAUUUCAUGCACAACUGUCAUUCUCAAUAACAAGAAACAAUUUUUUGUAAUUGCUCGUGACUAUCAGGACCCUGAAGCUUUUAAUCGCCGCCUUUCCGUCCGUCCAACACAUCUAGUAGGUGCCACUUCACUCAAGAAGACUGGUGCUCUUCAACUGGGCGGUGCACUCUUAUCAGAUCAUUCGGAAUCUGCAAAGAUGAUUGGAUCCAUCAUGGUCUUUAAUGCUGACUCUGAGAAGGAGGUGGAAGAAAUCCUUAAAAAGGAUCCCUAUGUUACGGAAAAGGUUUGGGAACACUACCAGAUCAUUCCCUUCCGCCAAGCUUCUUUUUAAUAAACUGGCUAUGUGUUUACAAAUGUUAUCAAAUAAAUAUUGACAAUCGCGUACGAUUUCUUAUUUAUUUU